AGCGCUCUCGAAGGAUACCGCAUAGGCAAGCAUUUGUUGACGUUGGUGCAGUCGGUGUCACUCACGUCAGAGAGCCGGACUUGCGCUCCUUCACUCCUUCGUUUAUCUCGCUUCUACGGAUUCCUAGACACGAUGCUCGACGUCCUGUACAGCAUCCCCUUCUUCGUCCUCGACAUCCCGAAGCUGAAGCUGAAAAAGCCGUCAUGGGUGGCCAUUCCCUCCCCCAUGGCCAUGUUCGCCUUCGUCCUGUUGUCGUAUUUUCUCGUCACUGGAGGUAUUAUUUACGAUGUGAUCGUUGAACCUCCCAGUGUAGGCUCGACAACAGAUGAACAUGGACAUUCUCGGCCAGUUGCAUUCAUGGCCUACAGAGUGAAUGGACAGUACAUCAUGGAGGGUCUUGCUUCGUCCUUCAUGUUUGCGUUGGGAGGCAUUGGGUUCAUUGUUCUGGAUCAUACGCAUGUUCCAUCGACGCCAAAGCUUAACAGAAUCCUCCUCAUUAUCAUCGGGUUUGCAUGUGUCAUCAUUGCUUCUAUUGCCUGCUAUGCGUUCAUGAAAAUCAAACUUCCUGGGUACUUGAUGAGCUGAGUUGCAUAUGCUGCUACUUUAGCACUCCAAUGUGCAAGGAGUUUGUGGUCUAUGCUUUACGAUUUAAGAAAAGUUAUUCAGUUUGGAUUUUACUUUCGAAGUCUGUAAUUGCAGAUGAAGGGAACAACAUUUGAUGUAUAUUGAUUAGCAUUGUAUGCUGGAUCAUAAAAGAUUUGAUAUU